AUGCGGUCGUCUCAGUUUUUGCUCGUCUUGGCCUUCUUGGCCUGCACUUUCGUUGGAUCCGCCGACUGGAUCACGCACGGCAAGGUAUGGAGCAAGGAUUUCGGAGGCAAAGAUGCGCCUGAUUUUAGCGGGCGCUACAAAAUUGUAAGCUUUAAUAUUAUUACAUCACCUUAUAAGCGUUUGACGUAGGGUAUUUCUCAAAUUUUCAGAAUAUCAACGUGCAUGCUGACGCUUUCUUUAAUGAUUGCGGUAGAGUUCAUGCUGAUGUGCAUGGAAACUAUCGGGUCCAUUGCAUCCCGAAGGUCCUCCCGUUCACGGAUCCGAACAAGAUGGUCACAGUGUAAGUUGGGGUCAAAGUUCCGCCGAAAAUUUAAAAUUCAUUGAAAGUGGACGGGGUGCCACCUGCGCAGGACAUUUUAUACAAUGAAAAGUUGGCUAGGCUAUAGCCAGAUCCUGUUUUCCAGAGGUGUAUUGUACAGAGGUUUCACUGUAAUAGUCUUGAUUUUCUGUCACAUUUUUCUUCUUCUACAUAAUCAUUUUUUUUUUUUCCUUGACCUACAUAAUUUUUUCUUCUUGACCUACAUAAAGUAUAAACAAGGAAUUUUGUUAACUGAACUUUCAAAAUUUCAGCUGCCAUUCACUUUAUGGGCGCUGUCGUUGCGUCACUGUUAACCCUGUCAAAAGCGAAUGGUUGGACGUUGAGCUCACUCCAAACGAUCCCUAUGCCACCAGUAGUCACUGUGUUCGGUCAGACUAUUAUGACUGAUCCGAUACAUUUUUUAUUAUUUCAUUCUCUGUUGGGUAAAUAAAGGAUUUUUUUACGCUGUCACGAAUCCUGUCGAAUUCACAACUUCCAACUGAAAACCCUUGAUCUUUUGUCGGACUGCAAUUUUCUUCAGAUGCCACCGACUUUACGGACCCUGUCGUUGUCGCACUAUGUCACAACCAGAGAUUGCCACGGCUCCAGAGCCGGCUCGUGGCUCCGGCUCCGAGCCAGGAGCUAGAGCCGGAAGUGUUAGGUGCGGCUCCAGCUCACGAGCCCAAAGUCGGAGCCAGGCUUCUCAUCGGUCAUGUACUUCCCUUGUUAGUCAGAAUGACGAAAAGGACGGCAAUUUGACGUUAUUUUAUACGAAAUCCUCUCAAAUAAACAACCCUAAUUUUUAUCUUUCAAAAAAAAAAUAUUUUUUCCAUUUUUCAAAAUGAAAACUCGCUUUCAAAUUGUUUCGUUUCCCUUCUACCAAAGCUUUCAUUUCAAUGCGGUCGUCUCAGUUUUUGCUCGUCUUGGCCUUCUUGGCCUGCGCUUCCGUUGUAUCCGCCGAGUGGAUCACGCACGGAAAGGUGUGGAGCAAGGAUUUCGGAGGCAAAGAUGCGCCUGAUUUUACAGGGCAGAUCAAAAUUGUGAGCUUUAAUAUUGAUGCAUUAUCUUAUCAGCGCUUGACGAAGGGUAUUUCUGCAAUUUUCAGAAGAUCAACGUGCGUGCUGACGCCUACUUUGGUGAUUGUGAUACAGUCGAAGCUGAUGUGCAUGGAAACUAUCACGUCCAUUGCAACCCGAAGAUCCUCCCGUUCACGGAUCCGAACAAGAAGGUCAAAGUGUAAGUUGGUGUUGUGAAUGUUGUGAAAUGGAGUGCAACCUCUGUACAACAAAUCUAAAGUGGAGAUUUUUUUUGUUAUUGAAGGGCUUCGUUAUACAGAGGUUAGUUUAGGCAUAAAAUGGACUCUUGAGAUCUCUGAAAUUGCUCGUUAUUAGGGAGGUUGUUCGAUUGUCUCGUUAUAGGGAGGUUCUGGGUAAAAGUUCCUUUUUCUGGCCACAACUUAUAACUUUUUUUUACGUUGUUCGUUAUAGCCAUAUCCGGUUUUCCAGAAGUGGAUUUUACAGAGGCUUCACUGUAAUAAACCUUAUGCGUAGCCUACAUAAAAGAUGAAAAAAUAAUUUUGUUACCUUAACCUCCAAGUUUCAGCUGCCAUUAUCUUUACGAAUUCUGUCGUUGCGUCACUAUCAACCCUGUGAAAAGCGAAUGGUUGGAUGUUGAGCUCACCCCAAACCAUACCUAUGCCCACAGUGAUAACUGUAUUCAUUUUAGAGAGGUCUAUCCUUCAUCUUAA